AUGAAACAAUCGCAAAAUGAAAUUGAUCAAAUGAUACAACGAGCACGACCUAAAAAUCGUGAUUUGGUUCGUCGAGAUAUUAAUCAAUGCCUUAAUUCUUCAAUAAGUAAUUUAAUAUUAAAAUUAGUUGAAUAUUAUUAUAAUGAUGGAACUUCAAAAGAAUUACUUUGUUUGGCUGGAACUGUUGCUUGUCAAUAUAAAGGAAAUCGAUAUAAUAUUCCUAUUGAAAUAUGGUUUCAACAAGAUCAUCCAAAUGUUCCACCAUUAGCUUAUGUUAAACCAACACCAGAUAUGUAUGUUUCACCAGCAAGUAAAGAUGUUCAAUCUGAUGGAACUAUUAUUAUAUCUUAUCUUAAAAAUUGGCGUCAUCCAAAUAGUGAUCUUUUGAAUUUAUUAAAGGCAAUGUCUGAUGCAUUUAGUCAAUCACCUCCUGUUUAUUCAAAUUCUAGUAUGGCUAAUCGUUCAACACCAUAUCCAACAAGUGCAUCAUCAAUGCCAACACCAAUUGGAAUGCCAAUGACUAAUAGUGGAAAUCCAUCAUAUUCAUAUCCAUAUGGAUAUCCUCAAACACAAAUUCCUCAAGAUAUUUAUCGAGAUUCUGUUCAAACAGCUGUUUUAGAUAAAGUUCGAGUUCGUUUAGAUGAAACAAUGCAAAUAGGAAAAGCAGAAAUUGAUUCACUUAAAAAAACUGAACAAGAUUUAAUUGAUGGAGAAAAAAGAAUUCAAUCAUACAUUAAUGAUGCACAACAACAACAAAUUCAAGCACAAAAUUAUAUAACAAAUAUGAAGGCAAAAACUAAUGAAAUAUUAGAAGCAACACAAAAAAUGUCAUCAUCAUCAUCGGGAAAAGGAAAUUCAGUUAAAGAAGAUGCUCUUAUAACUCCUGCACCUGUUUAUAAACAACUUUUACAAUCAUAUGCUGAAGAACAUGCAAUUCAAGAUUUAUUAUAUUAUCUUGCUGAUGGACUUAGAAGAAAAUCUAUUGGAUUAGAUACUUAUUUAAAACAUGUUAAAGAACUUUCUCGAAAACAAUUUAUUUUAAGAGCUACAAUGCAUAAAUGUCGACAAGUUGCUGGUUUACCUUUGAAAUAA